AUGGCGGAAAUGCACACUCCGUAUUCCUCCUUGAAGAAGCUGUUAUUUUUCCUCAAUGGCCUAGUGGCUAUGUCUGGCGUGCUCCUCAUCGGCCUAGGCACCUGGAUGAAUGGGAAGGCUGCCCUGACGAGGGUCCUGGGGUUGUCCUCCGUGCACCUGCUGCACAUCGGCUGCCUGAGUUUGGCCAUGGGGUGUGGCACGGUGCCGCUCGGCUUGGCUGGGUGGUAUGGAGCUACUAAAGAGCACCGAGGGAUUCUCUUAUUUUGCUUCCUGUCCCUGCUGCUCGUCGCCCUCGUCGAAGUCACCGUGGCCACAGUGGUCCUUGCGAUCUUCCCCAUCGUGAAUGACCUGGCCUUGGAGCACACCCUGGCGACCCUGAGGGAGCAUUACAAAGGUUACAACGAGCCGGACGACUAUUCCGCAGGAUGGAACUUGGUCAUGGCCAAGCUCCGGUGCUGUGGGGUGAAUAACUACACGGAUUUUGUGGGCUCCUCCUUUGAGACCAUGACCGGCCGCGUCUACCCCCGGAGCUGCUGUAAGUCCGCUGGGGCUACAGCCUGUGAUGGCCACAGCGUGUCCAGACAGGUCAUCCACCAGAAGGGCUGUUUCCACAAGCUCAUGAGACUAACCAAGAUUCAGUGCUUCACCCUGAGUGGAGGCUUGCUGGGGGCAGUGGCAGUCCAGGUACCAGGAAUUCUUGCUACGUGGCUGCUGUUUGCCAAGCUGGGCUGACGAUGCAGCCUGGAAGCACAGGGCACUGGGCAGAGGGAGUCGCCUGCUGUGGAGUUGACUCAAAUGUGUAUGUUUCUGGGCUCUCCUGGCAAAGGGCAGCUGACAAUAAAACCCUCCGGAAGCCCUGUC